AUGCUCGGCCCGAGCCCCAUCCUCCGCGUCGGCGGUCGCAGCCAGGAGCUGCUGCGGGCCGUGCCGCCCGCGCGAGUUUUCGAGUCCCUGCGGGACCUGGCGCGGUCCGUCAACAUGCGGUUCAUAAUCGGGCUGCCCCUCGAGGAGAACGACACCGAGUUGGCCAGGCAGAUCAUGGACGAGGCGCGGAGGCACCUGGGGGAAGCCAUCGUCGGCUUUGGCUUGGGGAACGAGCCGGAUAUGUGGGACCGCCGUGUGGGAGGCUUCAACAGCAAGGGCGAGUGGGGGAGCGGCUUUUCAAAGUGA